UCAUCAUCCCCUUGCUCUUGUAUCAUGUUCAAGAAAUUUGAUGAAAAGGAAAAUGUGUCCAACUGCAUCCAGUUGAAAACGUCAGUCAUUAAGGGCAUUAAGAACCAACUGGUAGAGCAAUUUUCAGGUAUUGAGCCUUGGCUUAAUCAGAUCAUACCUAGGAAAGACCCUGUCAGAGUAGUGCGGUGCCAUGAUCACACAGAAAUCCUUACAGUAAGCGGAGAAUUGCUGUUUUUUAGACAAAGAAAGGGGCCUUUUUAUCCAACUCUCAGGUUGCUUCACAAAUACCCUUUUAUCCUGCCGCACCAGCAGGUUGAUAAGGGCGCCAUCAAAUUUGUACUCAGUGGAGCAAAUAUCAUGUGUCCAGGUUUAACUUCUCCUGGAGCCAGGCUUUACCCUGCGGCAGUGGAUACGAUUGUCGCCAUUAUGGCAGAAGGAAAACAACAUGCUCUGUGUGUUGGGGUCAUGAAGAUGUCUGCAGAAGAGAUCAAGAAAGUCAACAAAGGAAUUGGCAUUGAGAAUAUCCACUAUUUAAAUGAUGGGCUGUGGCACAUGAAGGCGUGUAAAUGAGCCUCGGAUAUUGAGCCUAAUGUGUGUGUGUCUGUGACAGCAUGAAGACGGCCUCUGAUUUUGCUGAAUACGUUUAACAGACACUUGAAAGAAAAUCAGGGUACUAUUAGUACAAAGGCAGAAACAGAAACUGGGAACAAGCAGCAAGCAAUCUGCUACUCUCGAAUCUGAACGAAGCGGCUGCACCCUAAGGCCCUGGGCAAGCUCCACAACAUCUCUGUGCUUCCUCAUUAGUAAACUUGGAAGCAAUCGAGAACAUGUGUAACAGGAUGUCUACCAUGGGGUCCCCAGAGGAGCACCUCGGGAACUCCUUCCUGCCUUUCUCCAGGCCUCCAUCUCUUACCUUCUUCCUCCUC